CCAGCUCAGGCCCAGUACAAGCUCCAGCUCCAAAUUCCGGCUCCAGAUUUGAACCACAGUUGCAAAUUUCUAGUUUCCAGUUUCCAGUCCUGCUGAUCCGCCUGUUGUUCGCACUCAAUCGACCAUCUUUGGCGGUCUUGAUAUUCUUCUCUCUUGAUCCAUCACUCUCCAGUCCUCAUAGCCCUAAUUGUGCCUCUGCGUUGCCGCUUCGUUGCCGCUGCCAGACAGGCCAAGGCCAGCACCACCAUCAGGACUUGAGAACGUGGAAAUCUGCUGGGAACUCUUUCGUCGACACCACCUACCAUCAACCUCGCCUUUGACACGGGCUUGACGAGCAAAUACUUUGAUCUCAAGGUACUGAUCAAGUAUUGCAACGGUUGUCCACGCCAUCUCCAAAUUGGUGUCAGCCCAUCAACCGACAAGUCUGUUCCAAGGCGCACCACAUUUCAUAUCUGGAGCGGAGGACACGCUGCUUCCUCGCCUUCUUAACCUCCUUCCAUUCUGGCACUCGGCCAAUCCCCUUCAGGACCCAUUUGGUUGGUGUUCUGAUCAAUGAUUUCCACUGCCCAUGAUAUCCGCCAUUAUCAAUAGCACUUCCUGGUCCCAGUCUCCCGUCGACUCAAGUUUCACCUGUCUGGGCCUCGUCCCUUUCCUGUCGCCGAUGCCUUGCCAUUGAUUCAGAGUCCAACACGAGACUGCCAAAAUACCAUGGAUGCUCGCCACGCCAAGUAUCGUUCUUUGGAUGUAAAGGCUGCCCCUUCUGCUGCCCCUCCAAAGACCCGCGAGCGUCAUAACUCUGCCCAUAUGGGAGAUCGACCCAAAUCCCACCACGGGAAACGUCAAUCUGCUUCCUCCAAGUCCGGCGAGGCCAAUGGCAAAUCUUCUAGAGUUGCCGUGCUCGAGGAAAUUACACUCUCGGAAGAAGCACCAACCCCGAGGGCACCAAAGUCUGACCGCCGGCACACUGUUAGUCGCUCAGUGGAAGAUAAGUCGACAUCCAAGACACCUCGCUCGGAGAAUCAUCCGGUGCUUAAUGUUCUAAUUAUUGGUGCACGAAACUGUGGCAAAACCAGCUUUAUCAAGAACACUCUUGACCCCGAUUCAAACCUGUCCGGCCGGACUACGUUUUCAACCAAAGUCAAGAUCACCGAUCAAGUCUACAAGAUUCGUUAUGUGGAACUCGAGAUCGACGAUGUGGAUUUCAGUAGCGACAAACAAAUCAUCUGGCCUCCUUCUGUCAAUGGAGAACCUUUUCCUGAUAUAGAUGCGGUCUUCUGCGUGUACGACGCCUCUGACAGGGAUAGUGUUGCCGCUGUUCCAACUGCCCUAACGUCCAUGACCAAAACUGGCAUUCGCUGUAUGCUGGUGGCGUCCAAAUGCGAUAAGCCAGAAUCGCAAGAGAUCAGAGCACGCUUUCACGAGCAAGUUCGUCGCAAUCUCGCUACCAUUGCCGUCGCUGAGGUUUCUGUCAAAACUCCCGAAACCACCAAGCGACACUUCUUUGCAAUGCUCCAUCGAGUGAUUGCUUCUCCCAAAGCGUCCGAGUCUCGAAAAUCAGCUGUUCAGUCACGACGCACAAAAUCGAGGACCACAUCACCACGGCAGGGUCGAAGCCGAAGUCGUUCAAAAACUCGACUGCGCAUCUCCAAGUCGAAAGAACUCCUCCUCAAUUUGUCGCACAGGUCGGUCGUUGUAGACUCCGCCAGCGAAGACACGGCCGUGUCAUCAGAGGAAGACAACACACAGAACAGACAUCAGAAGACAAGACUUCGAUUGAACACCACUAAAUUGCCCGAACACUCUCGACGUUCCAAUGCACCGCAUACGCCGGAUUCCUCUGAAGAGCAAACAAGCCGUCUUCUUUCCCCAAUUCAUAACGCAGCUGCCACCGUGCCAGAGACCCCUGAUUCCUACUACGUAAAGUCCAUCCUUCGGUCGUUGUCUACCGAGACAACUGACAGCCGUGUCAAUCACACAUUUCUCAAUAUGGACGACGAGAACGAACAUGGCGUGGACAAGGAAUUCGGCACCGAUACAGAUACUAUGACACCGAGUGUUGCCACUGAUGAGACGGUGAAGCCACUAGAGACUGGCGUUCCGUUCCGCGAGCUGGUGGACAAGCUCCUGAUCCUUCCUGCCAGUAAAAAUGAUUCCAAAUUCGUUCCCUCGUUUCUCUGCUUGUACCGGGUAUUCGCCACUCCCCAAAGGUUACUGGGCGCCGUCAUCGAUAAAUUCGUGGAGGUUGACAAAUCUACGAUGGUUCAUUUCACCAAAGUGGCCGAGAUGCUACGUUUUCUCCAGGUACUUGCGCAAUGGACUGCAACUUAUCCUGGAGAUUUCGCAAGCGGCCCUGCUCGCACCGCCGCUAUAUCAUUCAUCCAAAGCAUUGAGACGAGCAAGGUCUUUGCCCCCGCGGCGCGUGAGAUUAGCAAUAACCUCAACACUCUGGUCGCGGAUGAAGAUGCCGAUUGGGCCUAUGACGAGGGAGUCAAAGGCCUUAAAUCUUCGGGUCAGAAGACGCCUCAAAAUUCGUCAGGAUCAUUACCUCUGUUGGAGGGCAAUACCACAAGCAAAGGAAGACCAAGAUCUGGGGCAGAUAUCGACGAGAGCGAUGAGGACGCGGACGAAGCCAAUUCAUCGACGAGAGGCUCUGGAGCGGCAUCGGCCUCCUCAAGCAUGCUCAAGUCGUAUCAAGCCUCCAGCCAGUCUUAUACAAAUCUGAUGCAGCUGGAGAGUGCCAAGGCACAAGCUCAACGCUACAAGCCUAUUCCACAUCUGCGGCUGGCCAAAUUCCAUUGGCAUUAUUUUAUGGAAGUGUCAGUCGAUGACCUGGCUCGAGAAAUUACUCGAGUGGACUGGGCAAUGUAUUCGGCCAUUCGACCACGAGACUUUGUUCGUCAUGUCGUUCUCACAACUGAACAAAAGCGAAGGUCCCGCCAGGUGGACAACAUUGGCAUGAUGGUCAAGCAAUUCAACCAUCUUGCAUUAUUCGUCUCUGGCAUGAUCCUGCUUCGAGACAAGCCGAAGCAUCGAGCGAAAGCUUUGGAGAAGUUCAUGCUCUUGGCGUCAAAGGUCCGACAGCUCAACAACUACAACUCGCUUGGUGCAAUUGUAGCCGGUAUCAACGGGCAUGAGAUCUCACGUCUGGCGCAGACUCGAGAACUCGUCUCGGUCGAGACUCAGAAGACCUUCAUGAGUCUUACCAUUCUCAUGGGCAUCGCUCGGUCACAUGUCGCGUACCGCAUGGCAUGGGCGAAUUCUUUCGCCGAGCGGAUUCCGUUCAUUCCACUGGUGAGACAAGACCUGACCAUGGCGGCUUCUGCAAAUCAAACCUUCAUUGGCACCAAUAUCAAUUGGAAAAAGUUUGAGAUUAUGGGGGAUGUCAUCGUCGGGGUUCAACGUAGCCUUGAAACGCCCUAUUCGUUUCCUCAGCGAACCUAUGCAAGCGAGGAAAUUAUCAAGCUUAUUCUCGAAACUAAGAUUGUCGAGGAGUCAGAGGACUCAGCAGAUCCUCGAAGUGAACUAUACGAUCGAAGUGUACAGGUUGAACCUACUGGGGCUGAUCCGAGGAAAAAGUUUGACUGGCUACGGCGUUAAGAAGAUUUUCGAACAAGGCCAAAAGAAAAGUUCUUUGCGACCACAUAGCAUUUGGCGACUUGGUUAAGACCUUCAAGUCUAUAAAAGGCACCAGCAUGAACAAAGACGGGACACGAACAAACGGCUUUUAAAUGAUUCAUGGGCGACCGAAAAGUAAGACGUUACGGCUGAACGACGACAAGAGGUACCAAGGCGUGGCUGACUGGUCUUGAAAGGCCCUAUGAUGAGAUUAUGAAAUUACGAUGAUGGAAAAGACUUGACGACGUUACAGAUCGCAAGAGGAUGAGAGUGGGCGGAAAAGUCUUUUGGCUUGAAGCGCCAACGUCGGCUGACGUGUAAUCAUGACGGGAAAUGGAUUGUAUAGCCUCUGCUUAGAAGAAGAUUGCCGCAUGUUGUACAUGGCUGAAGAUGUAUGGCAAAUCAAACCAAGGACACCGCUAGGUCCUCCAGGGAUGAGAGAUGACUAUACAGAAGAAAACAGCCAAGGAGCAGCCAUGCUUCUCAGGCUAUGAAAC